AUGGUUCCAUUGCCUUGAUACAUUUCGUCCAAAACGUGCUGCUGCCUAGGUAGUAACCACGUGAUAUCGCAAUAAGUAUUCAUACAGUAAACAACCUUCACCCCCGGCAUCAAAGACCAUAUCCAAAUCCAUCAAAAGACCUCACUAACCUCUAGGAAACCCAAGCCCCUACCUAAAUGCCACUCAAACCCAAGCCCACAUCCUCACCCUGCACACACCCCCACCUCCUCACCACAUCCCAACCCUCCGCAUCCACCGGUACCCCAUCAAUCUUCUCCCGCGCUUCCCCAUCCCGUCGCGCAGCCGCCGCCUCAAAAACAGGUAUUCAUAAUCCCGAAAUUACAGAUACGAUCCUCCAUCAUUUUAAGUCGGAUGCAGAAUGUGCUUCUACGUUUCCGGGGCCGUUGGUGUUGGAUGGGGAUGAUUUGGUGAGGGAGCCGAGGCAGUUGGGUCAGACGUUUAGGGGGUGGGAGAGGGGGAGGUGGAGGAAUGUUGUGGAGGGGUCGAGGAGGACUAUUUAUGUUGUGGCUCCGCCUGGGGUGGAUGGGGGAGGGGUGGAGGGUUUAUGAGGGGUGGGGUGAGGUUGUGGGGGGGGAGGGGGAGGGGGGAAGGGGGGAAGAGAGGGAGGUUAUUGAGAAUGGGAGGGAAGGAGGGGAAUGGGAGACGGGUAAUUGGGUAUCAGAUAUUAUUUCAUAUCUUCAAGCAUUCUACCACGGUCUCCCAGUCAAACAAAUGGACCCCUCAAACCUACAUUUCACACCCUGGGAAGACACCACCCCAAACCCAUACAAAACGCGAUCUAGCCCCAAGAAAAAGAAACCCACCACCAUCAGUCUCCGCACCUCCAACUCUAAAACCCGUAUCCGCUACCGAGCCACCCCCUCCGCACCAUUUUCCCACCAGCUAAAUCUCUCCGAUGUCCUAGAUUCCGCUAUCGAUAUAUUACCUCCCGAUGCAUACGCAUUACUAAUGCUCGUAAACCAUGAUUUGUACGAAGAUGACGAUGAUGAGUUUAUUUGCGGCAGAGCUUAUGGGGGGAGUAGGGUAGCGGUUGUGAGUACGGCGCGCUAUAAUCCGGUGUUGGAUGAGAUGCAGGGAAUUGAGAGGAUACAUGGAUGGCCUGGGAGCCAUUGUGCUGAAUACAUAGAUAAAGUAUGCGGUAAAGUUAACCCAAAAACCAAUACUAAAACGAACACCAAAACAAGAAAACGCAAACGAACACACGACGAUAAAAACCUCACCUACGCCCUAAACCCAAGUCCGCUCCACCACGCCCUAACCCAACAAACCAGUCUCCCCCCUCUGUCAUCAUCCCCCCUCCCACCUACCACACUCCAAACCCUCCACCUCUCCCGCAUCUGCCGCAUCGCCUCCCACGAACUAGGCCACUGUUUCGGAAUAGCCCAUUGUGUAUAUUACGCAUGUAGUAUGCAAGGAAGCGCAUCGAUUAUUGAAGAUGCGCGACAGCCUCCGUAUUUGUGCCCGGUGGAUUUGCAAAAGUGGUUACGGCGACUGGGGGAUGUUAGGGGCGGUAUGAGGCUUUGAGGCGGUUUUGUGGGGAGCAUGCGGAGGGUCAUAUGUUUUGGCUUUUGGGGGUGGAUUUUGGGAGGUUGGGGCAGGUGGGGAGGGUGGAGGGUGGAGGGCUGAGAUCGUUUGUGUGGUUUAUUUUGUGGUGUGGUGUAGGGGAGUGGAAGUUGGGUGUUCUUAGUCGAUUGUUGGGAUUGGAGUAUUGCUACGGGGUAACAGGGAGAUGGCUUGAUAAAAUUAGAUAAUUAAUUCGAGAUCGGGUUUGAAGUUCAUUGAUUUGUAUCUAUGGGCAGCUAGAAAACAUAC